AUGCCUGAUUCGGCCAGUGAAGGGUGGCAAGAACUGCAGACGGCCCCGCGCCGCUCGUGCCCCAAGCUAUUCUACUCCUUGUCCACAACCAAAGAACAGUCGCUCACGCUGCUGCUGACCGACCUGAUCUCGAUCUGGGAAUCCUCGCUGGACAGGUAUGACAUUCUCGCCGCAGCGGCCCGGCAACAGACGAGCAUCGACCCGUCCGUCUCGUCGGACCAGUUCGAGGUCUUGCUCUCCAAGAUCCGCAAAAGUCUGCGAGACGGCGAGAACCACAUCGUCCGUGAUGGUGGCCAUGGUGGGAGCUCGCAGGCGCAACUGCUGCUACGGACAAGGAUAGAUCUGCCCCGCCCUCUCCGACCGCUAGAGUGGACGUUCACCCUCGACCCGCAGAGAGCGUCGGAGUUGGCAGAACGCAUCCUCCGCCCCAGCUUGCACGAAGUCUUUGUCUCUCAGAAGAAGAUCACCUCUCUACUCGGAAUCAUCAGGGAGAAAGACCACAUCAUCUCGCGCCUGCUCGACAGAGUCGGCAACUCGGCCGUCGAUUUGAGCUUGGUAUUUCCCGGUAUCACGGGCUUUAUUUCACGCAAAGGCGGCGGCGGCAAUGUCUCGGUCGCAGACGCAAAGAAGCAUGUUCCCGGGAUGGCGAGUUUUGACGAAAAGUCGUGGACGAGGCAGUUCGCCAAUGAUGAUGAUGGCUACGAGGGGGCAGAUCGGACGGGGCUGAGUAACCUCGUUCGCGGCUGUGAGAAAUGCUUCGCGCACAGUAGAGCUGAGCAUGAAAGCUGGGUGAAAGAUCUGCCUUCGACGGAGAAAUUGGAUCAGAAUGAGGCCAGCAAGCAGCGGAUCGGGUCACCGUCAACAAAAGCCGUGCAGAAGAAACCAGACAUAGAUCGCGAUUCAACAGAUGACGAAUUCGAGCGUCAAGCGACUCCGCCACAUCUGAAAUCCAAAGAUACUGAGAAGACGAGUCAUGAAACGACAAGGGACGAGGAGACCGGGGAGGACGAGCCCAUCCCCAAGCGAGCAGGACCCUCCACUAUCGGCGGGAUUGGUCGACGGAAAGCUACGAAAGCUUUUGGCGCCUCGAGGCGCUCACCAGAUCCAGCCUCUGUAGCUAACAGCCAGUCUCUCUCGCGUCGUCGGACUUCCACGGCGUCAACAGAGACAGCUUCAGAGGACGAGGACGUUGCUGACGAAGCGCCCCAACCGCCCUCGGUCGCACCACAGAACAAGAGCGACCACCACCCGGCGCAAAAAUCCAAACUCGCCGCAUUGCGAUCAAGAAAAGUUUCUUCAUCACCUUCCCUGUCUCCACCACCACCACCGCAAUCAAGGUCAUCCACCUCUUCCGCAGAGAGAGUCUCCAAUAAAGGCCCGCCUUCCCGAAAUUUACGUGUCGCCGCUCGUGUUUCGAAGACUCCCGAAGCGGAAGAAGAAGAGGAAGGAGAAGAAAACGACGAUCUAAACGGCACAUCAUCAACCCCGACCCCAUCGCCAUCUCCAUCUCCACCUCCAGCAUCAGCGAAGUCUUCAACCCCCGCUCAUGAAAAACGCCGCCUAGGCCGGCUCGGAGGCAAGAAACAAGCCACGCCAUCAAGGAGCACCACCACCUCGCCCUCACCACGGGAGAAGACGUCCAAUGGCAAGCGCGACGAGAAGAUCCCCGAGACACAAACCCCGACGAAAAGGAGACUAGGUCGACUUGGGGCCGGGCUGCGGAAGAAGGAACGAGAAACAACAACGUCUCCCAACAUAGCGCAGGACAAACACCCCAGUCCUAUGGAGGAGGACGAGAAGGAGGACGGAGACGACUCGGCUGGAACGAAUACUCCCUCCCUCCGCUCCGCUUCCGCAUCUCGAUCAUCCUCGCGCCGCAAAGCCGCAGACGCUGAACAACGGCGGCGCCAGCACCACUCACCGCCACCACCACCGCCACCGCCUUCGACGCGCACAAAGCCAGUCGGGGAGCAGCCGCAAAGGAAGAAGGAAGAGACGGCCGAAGAGGCCGCGAGUCGACGAAGGAUGGAACUCAAGCGCACGAUCGAGGCCAAGGACGGCGGGAGGAAGAAGCGCCGGUUCUGA